GUACCACACAGACAGGGGAGAUAAUCUGCUGGUGAUCUGUAAUGCUGACACAUCUCUGUACACAGAAUACAGAGUCCCCCCCGUCCCGGUACAGAUGGUACAUCCCGGUGUUAUAUAGACGGUGACAGGCAGAGAUCAGGUGACACCAAACCAGCAACAUGCCACUGAAGUGCGGAGGAGUGGGCGACACCAAACCGGCCGAUGCCACCGUGCAGGAGCUGUGCGACCAGGUGAAGGCGGAGGUGGAACAGAAGAACGGACGUACAUUCGGCACAUUCGUUGCCGUCUCAUACAAAACCCAAACGGUCAAUGGAACAAACUAUUUUGUGAAGGUCCAGAUCGAUGGGGACGAGUACUGCCACCUUCGUAUACACAAGGCGUUCCCGCACGCACAGGACAAGGUCACCCUGUCCACCACCCAGCUGGGGAAGACCAAGGAAGAGGAGAUCGCUUAUAUAAACUGAGCGGCGUCCGUCCUCGCCAUCCACAUGCGGUGCCUCCUCCAUGCAGCCGUGCUUCUCGCCACUCUCAUCUAAUAGACUUUCCUCUCAUUUUCUAUUAAACAAAAUCUCUCAAAUUCCAUAACAAGUCCAGUCCUAGCGCUCCUAUGAGUUCAGUUGUCGCAGUGCAUUCUGGGAUGUCAGGCUGCUUCACCUAGAGAAUAUAUUUUGUACUUUUUGUUACGUGCCUUUUUGUUUACAUGCAGAUUUAAUAAACUUUGCUUUUCUUUAA